GUAAAGCUCUCCAAACCUUCAGAGAGAGUAGCCUAGUUAUCAUAAGCGGCUGAGGCGUACACUCCCUGUACAAAUACAAUGUUAACUUGGGCGUUUACUACCACUGUGACUGGAUUAUUGACGCUUCUGGUUUUUCAGCGGAUGUGUUACCCUUACUUUUGGGAUGAUUUGAUUUAUUACUUAAAACUACGAAAGGUCGGGGCGGCGGUGAAGUCACGCAUGACGAGUGGGGUUAUCACCUAUCUAGACUGUUUUGUUCACCAGGCAAGGAAAACUCCUGGCAAACCGUUUAUUGUUUUUGAGAGUCAAGUUCUUACUUACCAGGACGUUGAUGUAAGGAGCAACAAAUUUGCAAACGUGUUUAAAAACGAGGGAGGCUUGAAACAAGGAGACAUUGUUGCACUUUUGAUGAGCAAUGAACCCGACUUCAUAUGCGUCUGGUUUGGACUAUGUAAACUGGGCUGUGAAGUCGCGUUCCUCAAUUUUAACAUCAAAUCCAAGUCUUUUCUUCACUGUUUUCAGAGCUGUGGGGCUAAAACACUCGUCGUAGGCUCAGAUUUGGUUAGCUCCCGGGAAGAGGCACUGCGUAGCCUGAAGGACAAUGGCAUUGAUUUGUGGGUUACAGACAGCAGCUCCUCGCUAGAGGGGCUGCACACAUUACUGGACAAGGUGGAAAAGGCUUCAGGUGAAGCCCAGCCACCCAUGGAAACGACUCUAGCCAAGCUCAUGUCUAACUUCCUCUUCAUUUUCACCUCGGGAACCACAGGUCUCCCUAAGGCUGCUCGUGUGAGCCACAUCAAAGCGGUGAUGUGCAUGGGUUUCCUGCGGUUAUGUGGGGCCAAAGCCAGUGACAACAUCUACGUCACACUCCCCCUCUACCACAUGUCUGCCUCCCUCCUGGGCAUUGGGGGUUGCAUCGAGCUGGGGGCAACUUGUGUCCUCAAGAAAAAAUUCUCUGCAAGUCAGUUUUGGAAGGACUGCCAGAAAUACAAUGUGACUGUCUUCCAGUACAUUGGAGAACUCUGUCGAUACCUGAUCAAUCAGCCAAAGACAGAAGCAGAGACCGCACACAGAGUCCGAAUAGCAGCGGGCAGUGGUCUGCGAGCUGAUGUUUGGAGGGAAUUUGCCAAGCGCUUUGGCAAAAUACAUAUCCGAGAGGCCUAUGGGUUGACAGAGGCCAGCGUUGGCUUCCUCAACUACACCAAUGAAAUCGGACCCAUUGGCCGUGCAGGUUACUUCAACAAGCGGAGCUUGCCCUUUGACCUCUUGAAGUGUGAUCCCAACACUUAUGAGCCAAUCCGAACAGAAUCAGGAAGAUGCAGCAGAGCAAACCAAGGGGAGACUGGUAUAUUGGUGGCCCCUGUUUCGGCCAUGAACCCAUUCUUGGGGUACGCUGGGAACAAGGAGAUGUCGGAGAAGAAACUGCUCCGGAAUGUCUUCCAGGAGGGGGAUGUGUACUUCAACACUGGUGACCUGAUGCUGCAGGACCACAGGGACUUUGUGUACUUCCGAGACCGCAUUGGAGACACGUUCAGGUGGAAAGGCGAGAACGUCGCGACGACUGAGGUGUCUGAGACUCUGGGAGGUCUGGACUUUGUGCAGGAUGUGAAUGUGUAUGGAGUGUCAGUGCCAGGAUAUGAAGGAAGAGCCGGGAUGGCAGCCGUUGUCCUGAAGCCCGACCAAAAACUGGAUGGUAGUAGAUUCUACAACCAUUUGGUCCAGAAUCUUCCAGCGUAUGCAUGGCCAUGGUUUCUAAGAGUGGAGACAUCCAUAGACGUCACAGAGACUUUCAAGCAGCAGAAGGGGAAACUAGUGCUGGAGGGCUUUAGUCCCGAGGCUGUCCAGGACCCGCUCUACUUCCUGGAUGUUUCCCAGAAGGACUACAUUCCUCUCACUCAGGCUGUGUUUGAUGACAUCCUCUCAGGCAAGAUACGACUGUAGCCUACACGCUGUGGAAGUGGUAAACAAACAAAGAGACAUUCCUCUGCCCACUGUAGUCAAGUACUAUUUUUUUAUCACCAUUCCACAAACAGAGGGCAGUGUUUUCCCGGUUUGCAUUCAUUGCGAAUCAUCUAAGAAGUGACCGGUGUAGAGUUGGAUAUUCUUGUUCAACUGCAAUGUCAUUGAUUGUUUUGUUUUUUUGUGCAACAUUAUAAGUAAUAGUCUUUUGUGUAGAUAUCUCAUACAGACCACGGAAAGGCAGCAUGCAUGUGCUUCAAACUGACUGAAAGUGUUGGUCUGUUGUUAAGUGCAUAGCAUUUACCUUUUGAUUCAAACCUGAGGUGGCUGUUAUUAAAUAUAGCGACAGUGACAUGUUCUAGAACAUGGACAUGCUUUAGUGACUCAUACAAAUACCCCAGACACAUCGGGUAGUCUGUGGCAGUAAAUACAUGUCUCAGGCUUGGACAUCAGAUGCAUUUCAGUGAAAUGCCAUUCAGCAUUAAGAAUAAUACAUUUUAUGCUAUGAUGUGAUUUAUGUAUUGCUAUAUGUAUUUAGCACAUAGCAUCUUUGUAUAACAUCUUAAAACCAAUAAUCUGCAGACAAAACCCCAAGGUUAGAUGUUUAUUAGAAUAUCAGAAAUGCUUAGAAGUUAAUUAGAUUAUGGUUUUGAGACUUUUGCAUCCCAUUUGGGUGUAUCGAUUGAAAUCUGACCUCUCUUUUUGUGUCUUUGAAAUAUUUGUUUGGUGACUAUUAGUCUAAAUAGUUUUUACAAAAGAAUAUUACCGUCUUAAAUUAUAGACAGAGAUCCCAUUGUUUUGGUAUUGCAUAGUUUAUACCUUACAGAGAUAGAUGCAUGCAGUUAAGAAUUUAUUAAAAUAUGGAUGGAAAUCUGCUGCACUUGCCUGGAACCUUACUAGCCCUGUACAUAGCAACUGGGGCGGUUAGACAGUGUAGCUAGCAAGCUAACAUAAGGUUUAAAUCCUUAAUUGUAAAAGAGUGCAAUACAAAUAGUCUUGACAGUACCCAAUAUUUGCGGGUAGACAGCUAAAGCUGUUACUUUCAACAGCUUGGGUGUUAUGAAAGUUUCAAUUUGUGUAAAAGGCCCACUGUGUAGCCUUUUGAGAUCAUGACAAGAAAACAGUUCUCUCAUCAAGGACAUUUCUAGCCUGAUAACAUUUACCUUGGACUGUAAUGUCUAUUAAAACACUGCUUGUUUAAUAAUA